UCUCAAGAACAUGCAGACCCUGAGGCCCAUCUGUGAGGUUGGAAGCAAAUUAUCCCUCUCUGUGUGGGAGCUUGGACAAGGGAAAGAACAUAUUCAAAAUUGAUAAAAGGAUUUGUAUGGGGUUCAAAGCAGAGCCAAAUUUGAAGUAAUAUCCCUGAACCUGAAUAGAUGGCUCUUCAGCUUCAUCCCCCUGCUUUAAAUAUCUCUCCAGUAGAGGCUAAGAAAUUGUGUCUGAAUGGAACACCCUGGAUUUGGCAUCUUCUUGGAGAAUGUGUCAGGAAUGCAUGGGAGUAUUGGAGCAUUCUGCUGGGACUGAUCUCCAUUGCCUGCUUUCUGUUUGCUGCAUUGCCUCAACUCUAUGUAGCCUACCAGAAUGGAAAAGUGGAGCAAGCACUCUCUUUGGGUUUUCUGCUGUGUUGGCUUGCAGGAGACCUCACCAAUUUUAUUGGGUGCUAUUUGACAAAUCAACUUCCAAUACAGACUGUAACUGCAAUUUUUUAUAUUAACAUGGAUAUAAUUGUGAUAUCUCAGUUUUUCUACUAUAAGUUAAAAAAUCAGAAGAUAACAAAAUGUAAGUGCGGAAUGAAGUAUUCUUGUAUAGCCUGGGUCAUGAUAUGCUUACUACUCUGUUUGCUCUUACCUACUCAGCUAUUAAUGAGAAAUAAAGUCCAGAAUACUAUUUUGGGAUCCAAUAAGAAGUCUCACGGCAUUGUUGAAACAUCAGGCUUCGUUUGUGGCUAUUUAUCAUGUGUGUUUUACUUGGGAUCUAGAAUUCCUCAGCUCUAUAAAAAUUUCCAAAGAAGAUCGACAGAUGGGACAUCUUAUCUUUUGUUUGCAUUAGCCAUGAUAGGAAAUGGCACAUAUGGCCUGAGUCUUGUCUUAAAGUUGCCUGCAACACAAUAUCUUAUAAGUCUUUAUUUCUGGCAUCAUCUCCCUUGGUUUAUUGGGAGCUUUGGAGUAUUGUUACUAGAUAUUUUUAUAACUGCACAAUUCAUUAUAUACAGACAACAAAACAAGAGACUUGGUUCAGUGGCCUUGGAGGUAGAACCCUUGCUGAUAAAUGAAGAUUCUUAAUGUGCACAUUUCUUUGGUGUCGCAUUCUUUUAGAGUAACUUGGAACUCUAGUUAAGUAGAUUGUUGAUUUGCAUAGAUCAAUUCUGGAUCCCUGCCAGUAUAUUCAUUCUUAAGUCUUGAUAACUUUGGAAGCAGGGAAUGGUGCUAAUUAGGUUCUUAAGCGAUUGCCAUAUUAUUAACAUUAGUCUUAAAGCUGAUUUAUGAUUAAUCUUAAAUUAUUGCAACAAGUAAUGAAGCCAAAACUAAAAGUUUCAGGGUGACUACAUUGCUCGGAUUUUAAGAAUUGUAACUCUUAGAUAUUACCCAAUUUUUGGAACAUUGGAUACCAGUUAUUGUUAUUUUCCUUUUUUAUUGGUGUUAAUUGUUAAAUAAAUUUACAGUUGCAUAUAUAGUUCUUGACAAUUUAUACAAUGUAAUACAUGCUAACCGUGGCCAAUGUAAUACCAUUUGCUAAAACGCUUCCGGUA